AGCGGACAAGGAGGACGAACUGAAACAUAGCUGCCGAGCUUUUUUUUUGGCUGAUAUAUUUGGACAUCAUCUGAUUUCAACAAAAGGUGUAAUGGCGAAGCUAGGUGUGGUCAUCGUGUGCACCAUGCUUCUCGUGGCAGGAGCCAAUGCGUCGUGCUACUUCGCUAAAAUGAAGUGCGAACCAGGCCCAUUUUAUGGCGAGAUUCCUGGUGCUUCGACAAAGUGUUACGACUGCACUUGCAUGAGCAGUGGUAAAUCAGUCAGCUGCUGCUUCAACGUCCCAAUCCCAGUCGGUUAUAACCACAAAAAGUGCGUCAGGACACUAGACGAGGACGCGUGUACAUACAAAGUGGUGAAACGGAGGAACCCAAGGCGGGAAUGCCCCGUCAACGCCUGGUCGGGUUAAGAUAAGACACAGCAGCUAUAGAAUAUCAGCUUUAGAUGCUUAAAAACCUACAAAAAAAGAACGCUGUCUUUGUUUUUAAAGAGUGCUUUAUGUAAGUAAGAGUGACAUCUGUCACCGUCGAGCCAAUGUGACCCAUCAGGCCGGCGUUCAUCUCCGGUUUCCUUGGCAUGAAACGAAUGAGAAUAUUUCUAUGGAUGGGAUGC